UAUUGAGUACUAUUUUAAAAAGUUAUUUCACACAUUCCCAAUUGCAGUGUCUCCAUCAUUACAUUGCGCAGUCAAUAUGGGAGUUAUUUUAGAUGCGUCCCUCAGUUUCACUAAGUGGCAAUUUAAAAAGACGAAGGAGUUUGUCAUGGAUCUGGCUAGAAGCAUUGAUUUGGAGUCAGGCGCUUCACAGUUUGGUCUUAUUACCUUCAACGAAAAGGCGAAGUUGGAAUUGGCCUUUGAUUUGAGUCGUGGAGGAAAGCAAAAGCUCUCUUACAUUGGUCAGAAACUCGACGGCGUGGAACUGAAAUGGAAAUCAAGAUUGGACUUGGCUCUCAAGAUGGCUAACAACGGUUUAUUCACCUGGAAAGUGAACAAGGAUGGUAGAGACAAAGUGUUGAUUAUUUUGGGUGAUGGAAGAUAUAAGUCGAAGGUCUACGAUUACGAGCCUUACGUGAAAGAAUUAGAGGAAAAAGGGGUGAAGAUACUUGCUGUUGGAGUCGGAUGGCCGAACAAUCCAGUAGAGAAAGUGGUUUUCCUUCAAAUUUUGUCAAACAACAACAAAAGGCUUUUCGAGGUCAAUGAAUUAAAAAAGCUGCCCAGUCUCUUACCGGCUGUAGUACGUGAGAGUUGCAAAGGCUCGAGCAGUGCCGGCUGAUAAGACUUAUCAGUAGAUUUGUGCAGGGGUUUAGAGGACAAAAGUACCUCGCUGCUAUUGGGUAUACGAAUUUUUGGGAUGACAAAUAAUCAGUUGAACAUUUCAAACCUAUAUGUAGCCUCAAGAUAAUAAAGUAUGAGA